UAAAACUUUUGGGCAACAAGCAUUGGCUUGAAAACUUCACUACAAAUCUCUGCAGACUUUCCUCAUCCACCAUUUCCUUCAAUUUAGCACCAAGAAAAAUGAGGAACAUUGCAAAAGCUAUAUGCUUUCUUGUAGCUCUUUCCUUAGUAAUCAUUGCUGUUGAAGCUCGUUCUCUUCCGCAGAGCUCGAGUCAAUUGGUUUCAGAUGGAAUUGAUGGUGAUGAUGAUCCUGUUCAGGCCAGCCAUUCCUCCGGGUUGUUUCUCAAGGAAAUGGAGUCUUCUGAGGAGUACUGUGAGCAGAUGUAUGGCUUCUUGCCUUGUUCAAAUAGUAUUUACGGGCAUCUCUUCCUGAUAUUGGUGUACGAGUAUCUACUUUUCCAUGGAGAAUCCUAUUUGGCUUCAGGCGGUGAGCAGAUGUUCAAGAUUCUUGGCCCUGGUUUCUUCGGUGCAAGUGCAUUUCAAAUCCUUAGUGCCCUCCCUGAGGCCUUGAUACUCCUCGCUUCUGGACUUAUGAACACCAAGGAAGUUGCUCAGGAGUAUGCUUACACUGGAGUUGGCUUGUUAGCUGGCUCUUCAAUUUUGCUUCUAACAAUCAUUUGGGGAACUUGUUUGAUUGUUGGCAGUCAUGAUCUUUCCAAUGGAGCAGAGUAUUCCAUCCUCUCUACCAAUUCGAACUCUAGAAUUUUAUCAUGCAACAGAUUGCUACACUCUCUUAGUGGUUUUGGAAUUAUCACUGACCAGGAGACCAGCUACACAGCCAGGAUCAUGGUUUUCUCUGUGAUACCCUUUUUUAUCAUUCAGCUCUUGAAUAUGAUUCCUACAUCUUCUGCAAAGCAAGUAGUGAUCUUGAUUGCUCUUACCAUUUCAGUUAUAUUCUUACUCUUGUACUUCUUCUAUCAGAUUUUUCAGCCGUGGAUUCAAAAGAGGAAAUUGGAAUUUGUGAAACAUGAACAUUUAGUAUUAAAAAUUCUUCAACAUGUGCAAAAACAUGCCAUAGGAAGGAUCCUAACUCAUGAUGGGUCACCAAAUGUAUAUGUUAUAAGGAGGCUAUUCGAGGAAAUAGACCGAGAUGGCGAUGACUACAUAUCAUCUUCAGAACUUAAAGAACUACUUCUGGAAGUCAAGUUCACAAGAUCACAUAUCAAUAAGGAGAAAGCAAUAGAAGAAGUGAUGAAAGAAUUUGACCUUGAUGGUGACCAAAAAAUAACUAAAGAUGAAUUCGUCAAUGGGUUCACGAAAUGGUUGGACGAAGCAAAGAAAGCAAUGGACAAGCGAUAUUACUCUCAAAAAUCAUUGAGAGAUAUCUAUAGGGUAUUUCAACCUUGGAUAGAGAAUAAAAGAAAAGAACGAGAAAUGAAGAAAAAUUUAAUGUCAGCAAUGUUAACUUAUUCCAAAGAAAAUCGUAUAGGAAGCCUUCUCACAGAAGAUGGCAAACCCAAUACAGCUGCAAUUAGAAGGUUGUUUGAGAAAAUUGAUAGUGAUGGAGAUAAUUGCAUAUCGCAACAUGAACUGAAGGAACUAAUCUCGGAUGUCAAGUUCGGUCAAGUUCCUUUAGAUGCAAAUGAGGUUGUUGCAAAGGUAAUUGAAGAACUUGACACAAGUGGAGAUCGGCAAAUAGAUCAACAAGAGUUCGUCAUUGGAAUUUCAAAAUGGCUUAAAACAUCAGAAAAAGAAGCUUCUCCAUCAUCAUUUGAGUCUCAAGAUGAUAUCUACCUAAAAACUUGGGAAGAAACAGAUAAAUUGGUGGAUGAAGAGAGUAGCAAUGGAGUUGUUGAUGCAUCAAAAUGGGCAUGGAUUAAGGCCAUAAUGUAUAUGGUGAUUGGAAUUAUUAUCUUGGCAGUUCUAGCAGAGCCUUUGAUUUAUAGCGUUCAAAGUUUUUCAGAGGCUGCAGGCAUACCAUCGUUCUUCACCUCAUUCAUUUUGGUGCCAUUGGCAACCAAUGCUCGGGCAGCAACUUCAGCAAUCAGUGCUGCUCGGCGUAAGAAGCCAAGAACUACUUCCUUGACAUUUUCUGAGAUUUAUGGAGGAGUGUUCAUGAACAAUACUCUUGGCUUUUCUGUGCUGAUAGCCUUGGUCUAUGCAAGAGGACUGACAUGGGAAUUUUCUGGCGAAGUGCUAGCUGUGCUGUUGGUAUGUGGGGUGAUGGGUCUCAUUGCAAGCUUUCGUUCAACCUUUCCUUUAUGGAUGUCAUUCCUAUCAUUUCUUUUUUAUCCAUUCUCCUUGCUUCUAGUUUAUGUUCUUAUUGAUGUUUUAGAUUAUGUUUAA